UAGUUCUUGAAAACAUUCAUAAUUAUUGAUAAAAAUGACGAAUCUAACUUUUACAGACUGUUAUUGAUUUGAUUAAUUUAUAAAAACUCGUUAAAGAUCAUGUAAACAUUUAUUAAUCUGUUACAGUCGCAUAAGUCCAAACGUUCUUUUCUCAUCAACGAAAUUCUCGAUGCAGUUCUCUAAAGCAUUCCUUGUAUGAUGAUUGCCUUGCUAAUCUUCACCGCGUGCAUUCUGUUUCUCUCGAAUUUGCUGGUAAAAUGGCAAAGACAUACCAAGAAGUACAAUAUGCCAACAAUCCCAGGGCCGAAGCCCCUUCCCAUAAUCGGAAACAUACUCGAAUUCGGAUUCGACAUUACUAAUAUGAUGACAAAUUUCAGCAGAAUAUGCUCGAACUACAACGGAAUUUGCAGGUUGUUCUUAGGUCCGAAGACGGUUGUAGUCGUGGUUUCGCAUCCGAAAUAUUUAAAGAAAAUCUUCAAGAAUUCUUCGGAGCAUAUAGAAAAAACGAAUUUUUACGAUUUCUUCAAAGGUAUUACUGGAAAAGGAAUUGUAAGUGUUGAAGGGCCAAUUUGGCAUAAUAAUAGAAAAGCGCUGCAGCCGGCAUUUCAAUAUGCAAUGCUCGAAGAUUUCAAUAAAAUUUUCAAUAAAACGGGACAAAUUGCUGAAAAAGUUUGAGA